UUGGUACACUUACUAAUAGAGAGAUAGAGAGAGAUGGAAUCCACAUCCUCUAAACUUUCUUCCACAUUCUUUCUCCUACAAAUCUUCAUCAUUAGCUCCUUCAUUUACCCAACCUCUGCCGCUAGAAACCCCCUCCGGUCCAAAACCAACAAUGACUUCAUAAAAACAUCUUGCAGUGAAACAACCUAUCCAAGACUUUGUUUUGCCUCUCUCUCAACCCAUGCAAGCACAAUCCAAACGAGCCCUAAACUUCUCGCCGGAGCAGCCCUUAACGUGACGCUUUCAUCGGCUAAAUCAGCAUCUGCAUUGAUGUUAAAGCUGUCCAAGAUCCAUGGAAUCAGUCCUAAAGGGGCUGCGGCGAUGAAAGACUGUAUGGAAGAACUAAGCGAUUCAGUGGACGAGCUUCGAAAUUCCAUAGCCGAGAUGAGCAAGCUUAGGACACCUAGCUUUAACCUUGUGAUGAAUGAUAUACAGACAUGGGUUAGUGCUGCUUUGACGGAUGAGAAUACUUGCAGUGAUGGGUUUGCAGAAGAGAAAAUCAAGGGAAACUUGACGAGUAUUGUCAAGGGUCGAGUUCUGAAUGUAGCGCAAUUGACCAGCAAUGCCUUGGCUUUGAUCAACAAAUAUGCUUUGCUACAUGCUUGAUCUGACGGAAUCCGUUUGUUUCUUAAGAAUUAUAAAUGUUUUUGGUAAUUUCUUGUUUAUUGUUUUCCUCGUAUUGAGCUUGAUUUAUGUAUUUGGGGUAAUUAAUUAUAUAUCUAGUGUGUUGCUGUAAAAUUUGUUAAAAAAUAUAUGUAAGUGUUAAUAUAAUGCAGAUAUUUUAUUUACAACUA